UGCCGUUUUACGUACAUUUGUUUGGUUUGUAAACUUACAGAGGAACAUUGAAUUAUAAAUAUUAUCAUGUUUGGUUAUGAUAUUUGUUUUCAUAUCUUCAAUGUAUUCUACCUCUAUGUUUUAUAACAACUAGGAGGUUAGAAAACUACAGUGUAUUGUAUUUAUGUAUUCCUAAUCUAUUACUCUGCCCUCAUAGAUAAAUUACAUAGUGUACACUAUUUUCUUUAUUUGUAGAUUUUUAAUUCUAUUUAAUAUAUUUCAUAACGGUGACCGGGAUAGAUAUAAGCCGUUGAUGGAAAUAAUAUUUAUAAACAGAUAAUUAGUCUCCCAUUUUUAAUAAUGAUAUCAGGAUUCAUAGGAUCUAGGUUUAUUUUGUACGUGCUUCUUGAAGGAAAUACGUAAAGUAAUUCAAUAUUUCUUAUUCCAAGACAUUAAGUGUAAAUUAAAUACUUAGCUAUGGCAGGAUUACCAGGGUAUACUGUGAAUAUAGCAGUUGAAGCUCCUGUCGAAAAUCAGAUUCAGGAAAUAUCUUAUGAUGGGCAGGAAUUUUACCAGACACCUCUUACUAUGUCUGAGAGCCUUACUAAAUUGGCUGCAAAGAUUGAUUUCAGUAAAACAGGAUGUGAAGAUAUCAAAAAAGAUCCAGAAACUAGUGAAAAUGGAGAAGAUGAAACAUCUAAAGAUGCAUAUCAGUCUGCUAUUUGGCCAUGGGAUUCGGUCAGAAAUAAGUUGCGGUAUGUUUAUUAUUAUCAAUGUUUUAUAUCUUUACAUUCGUUGUGGUUUGUUAUUAAUUGUUUGUGUAUAUUCUAGAAACGCAUACACUGAAAUUUGUGUAUUAGCAGAUGUAGUGUCAAUAGCCAAAGAAAAGAGGUAUAUGGUUUUUGACCCUAUUCCCCAGGAGAUGCAUGAGCAGAAAUCUAUGGCCCAAGUAUAUGCCAGAAAAAAGGCCCUAGCUGGAGCAGCAUCUGUAUUAUUAACCGCUGCUGAGAGGUUAAGAACAUGCCAAACUGAAGCGGCCCGCAACAGAGCUGUACCAGACUUUCAUAUUGAAUUGCUGCGUCUGAGACAAAGCUGGAGGUUGAAGAAAGUGUCAAAUACCAUCAUUGGAGAUCUCUCUUAUCGUACUGCUGGCAGUAAAUAUGCCCAGACUGGCUUAUUUGAAGUUACAAAGGCUGAGGAUGAACCAGAAACUUCAGGAGAAAGCAGUCCGGAUCCGGGAGGCAUAGCAAGGCCUGCUUCUGCUCUUAGAGUUAUUAUACCGUCAGAGUUACAAGGUGUAGCCUACAUCGGUGUAAUAGUUCAGAAAGAUCAAGAAGACCUUUGCUCAGCUUCAAUCACGUCCCUCGGUGAGAGGGCUGUAAACCAUCCAGAUCUCCAUUGGAGGCAAAAACUAGAAUCAGCUCAGAAUGUUUUGUUUUGUAAGGAGUUAUUCAAUCAGUUGGCGAAAGAGGCAGUUCAAUUGCAUGCUCCCAUCCCUCAUAUGGUUCUUGGAAAUCAAAUAAUGGCUUCUAUGUUUCCUGGCGUACAACUCAUUAUUCAUUUAACUCACAGCACAACGGGAGGGAAUGUUGAGAAACGCGAAAGUGGUUUUAAAUCUGAACAUGAUCAUGUCCUCGAACAUUCUUUACAUCAGUUAUUGAGAGAGGUUCAUCAUCGAAAUACACACCAUCCAUUCCCGCAUCCAUCGUCUGCACCCCUUGGCCCAUCUAAGCGGCGCUGCCUAGCUGGACCAACUGCUGCAGAUCGCUACCAGCUACUUGAAAUGACUAAGAGUCAAACACUUCUAGAACAAAUCAUUCAGCAAGCCCAACAUUUCUUCCUUCGCAUUCGCACCGAAUAUGUUCUCGAUACGAUCAUCAAAGAAGUUAAGGAUCCAAUUAUUGUAUCUCACUGGAAUGCUUUGAAUUCUCCUUGUGUUUCGUGCGUAAAAAUCAACAUAAUGACCCAUGGGUACGAUACUGUUUGUCGAACUUCCCUUGUCAUACAGGUUGCUGAUAAAUCAUUAAAAUGUGUUUGCCGUGAUGGCCGUGUUAUGCAUAUGUCUUAUGAACUUCAGGAACUUCGUGAUCUUAUAUUUUGUCAGAUUUACCAGCACCAGAUUACAGCAGUCCAGCAACUCGCCCGGUGCAUGGGCUGGCAGUAUCUUUCUAACAGUACUCAUCUUGGAAUUGGAGCAGUUGAGCCUCUUGGGAACGCGAGUAGCUGUAUCCUCGCCUCACCGAUGGGCGAUAGGUUAAUCGCUGUACGAUGUGAACCCCAAGGUGCUGUUCAAGUGUCUAUUGCUCAUUCUCCUAAAAAAGAUUUCUUCAGUGGGCAGCUAGUGAAAGAGAGGAAGUGGGAAAACUUGGGUGGCGCAUUUAAAGAAGUGCGUUGGGAUAAAAUGGAAGGGAAGAACUUCCUCAAUAAAAUGGAACUCCUUAUGGCUAGUCUUACAAGCUCAUAGUUAGCAGUAUUGUUUUAUUGAUGCUUCGUUUAUAUUGAUCUUUCAUGUUUAUAUUUGUCUUUUGUAUAUAUACAUUUGUAUAUUGUAAAUAUUUGUAAAUUAUAAUUAAUUCUUAAGUGUAUCAUAAUUUUUAAACUUGAUUUUUUUUUUAAUCAGUUUGAAUUAAAAUGUUAAACCAUAACCUGAUAAUUUCUAUUCUCAUCUUAUGUCCUACGUUUCCACUGUCUCUAUUACGUUAUCCUAUUCUGAUAACACUGUAUCCUUUAUAUUCAAUUGAAAUAGUAAGAUAUUCAUAAUAAUAAAUUACGCAUUGUGGUUGUCUAAAUAUUUAUACAUGUGUAAAGGUUUUUAUAAAUAUAUAAUUUAUAAUAUUUUUAAUAACUCGAUAGUGUUAUGUAAUCGAAACCCUACAUCAAAAGUCUUUACAUUUUGAUUUUU